AUGUCUUACUACGAGCAGUGCAAGCAGCCCUGCCUGCCCCCUCCCAUUUGCGUGCAGAAAUGCAGCCCAUGCGCGGCGCCUUGCAAGACGGUGUGCGUGGAGCCCUGCAGUGACGUCUGCGUGAAGCCGUGCUCCACGCAGUGCGUGGAGGUGUGCCCAGUGCCCUGCGCCACCCAGUGCACCCCGUCCUGCACCACCCAGUGCGUGGAGCCUUGUGCCACCCAGUGCACCACGUCCUGCCCCGUCCAGUGCGUGGAGCCUUGCGGCACCCAGUGCGUGGAGCCCUGCCCCGUCCAGUGCGUGGAGCCCUGCAGCACCCAGUGCGUAGAGGUCUGCCCCCCUAAGUGCAUCGACGUCUGCGUACAGCCGUGUGCCACUCAGUGCCCCACCCCGUGCGUGGAGCCCUGCGUCACUCAGUGCCGCACCAAGUGCGUGGAGCCCUGCCCGCCGGCCUGCGUGGAGGUGUGUACCACCAAGUGCGUUGAUUCCUGCGAGACCGUGUGCCUGGAGUCGCGUGGCACCGUCUGCUCUCGCCGGUGCUGACGGCUUUAACACACGAGCCUUGCACGCAGCCCUGGCGCUUCGGAGCAUCGCAGCGUCCACCGGCUCACGUGCA